AUGGCAGGGUCCAAAAUCAAAUCAGCUGCUGAUCCAGAGUCUGGUGCUGCUACUCUCACUGAUACUGAUCCAGAGUCUGGUGCUCCUAUUCUCACUGAUACUGAUCCAGAGUCUGGUGCUGUUCCUCUUCCUCUCACAGAUACUGAUCCAGAGUCUGGUGCUGCUACUCUCACUGAUUCUGAUCCAGAGUCUGGUGCUGCUACUCUCACUGAUUCUGAUCCAGAGUCUGGUGCUGCUGCUCUGACUGAUACUGAUCCAGAGUCUGGUGCUGCUACUCUCACUGAUACUGAUCCAGAGUCUGGUGCUCCUACUCUCACUGAUACUGAUCCAGAGUCUGGUGCUGCUACUCUCACUGAUACUGAUCCAGAGUCUGGUGCUGCUACUCUCACUGAUACUGAUCCAGAGUCUGGUGCUGCUACUCUCACUGAUACUGAUCCAGAGUCUGGUGCUGUUCCUCUCCCUCUCACUGAUACUGAUCCAGAGUCUGGUGCUGUUCCUCCUACUCUCACUGAUACUGAUCCAGAGUCUGGUGCUGUUCCUCUCCCUCUCACUGAUACUGAUCCAGAGUCUGGUGCUGCUACUCUCACUGAUACUGAUCCAGAGUCUGGUGCUGCAACUCUCACUGAUACUGAUCCAGAGUCUGGUGCUGCUACUCUCACUGAUUCUGAUGCAGAGUCUGGUGCUGCUACUCUCACUGAUACUGAUCCAGAGUCUGGUGCUGUUCCUCCUACUCUCACUGAUACUGAUCCAGAGUCUGGUGCUGUUCCUCUCCCUCUCACUGAUACUGAUCCAGAGUCUGGUGCUGUUCCUCCUACUCUCACUGAUACUGAUCCAGAGUCUGGUGCUGUUCCUCUUCCUCUCACAGAUACUGAUCCAGAGUCUGGUGCUGCUACUCUCACUGAUACUGAUCCAGAGUCUGGUGCUGCUACUUUCACUGAUACUGAUCCAGAGUCUGGUGCUGCUACUCUCACUGAUUCUGAUCCAGAGUCUGGUGCUGCUACUCUCACUGAUACUGAUCCAGAGUCUGGUGCUGCUACUCUCACUGAUACUGAUCCAGAGUCUGGUGCUCCUACUCUCACUGAUACUGAUCCAGAGUCUGGUGCUGCUACUCUGACUGAUUCUGAUGCAGAGUCUGGUGCUGCUACUCUCACUGAUACUGAUCCAGAGUCUGGUGCUGCUACUCUCACUGAUACUGAUCCAGAGUCUGGUACUGUUCCUCUUCCUCUCACUGAUACUGAUCCAGAGUCUGGUGCUGCUACUCUCACUGAUACUGAUCCAGAGUCUGGUGCUGCUACUCUCACUGAUACUGAUCCAGAGUCUGAUACUGAUCCAGAGUCUGGUGCUGCUACUCUCACUGAUACUGAUCCAGAGUCUGGUGCUGUUCCUCUUCCUCUCACAUAUACUGAUCCAGAGUCUGGUGCUGCUACUCUCACUGAUACUGAUCCAGAGUCUGGUGCUGCUACUCUCACUGAUACUGAUCCAGAGUCUGGUGCUCCUACUCUCACUGAUACUGAUCCAGAGUCUGGUGCUGUUCCUCCUACUCUCACUGAUACUGAUCCAGAGUCUGGUGCUGUUCCUCUCCCUCUCACUGAUACUGAUCCAGAGUCUGGUGCUGUUCCUCCUACUCUCACUGAUACUGAUCCAGAGUCUGGUGCUCCUACUCUCACUGAUACUGAUCCAGAGUCUGGUGCUGCUACUCUCACUGAUACUGAUCCAGAGUCUGGUGCUGCUACUCUCACUGAUACUGAUCCAGAGUCUGGUGCUGCUACUCUCACUGAUACUGAUCCAGAGUCUGGUGCUGUUCCUCUUCCUCUCACUGAUACUGAUCCAGAGUCUGGUGCUGCUACUCUCACUGAUACUGAUCCAGAGUCUGGUGCUCCUACUCUCACUGAUACUGAUCCAGAGUCUGGUGCUGUUCCUCUUCCUCUCACUGAUACUGAUCCAGAGUCUGGUGCUGCUACUCUCACUGAUUCUGAUCCAGGGUCUGGUGCUGCUACUCUCACUGAGACUGAUCCAGAGUCUGGUGCUGCUACUCUCACUGAUACUGAUCCAGAGUCUGGUGCUGCUACUCUCACUGAUUCUGAUCCAGAGUCUGGUGCUGCUACUCUCACUGAUACUGAUCCAGAGUCUGGUGCUGUUCCUCUUCCUCUCACUGAUACUGAUCCAGAGUCUGGUGCUGCUACUCUCACUGAUACUGAUCCAGAGUCUGGUGCUGCUACUCUCACUGAUACUGAUCCAUAG